GGAAAUCUAGUCAUGGCAUUACGGAUGUACAAGAUAAUUAUUUUAUAGCAUCUGGUAGAUAAAGGAAACAGUAUGAGUGCAGCAGUAUUGGUUUUGGCUGUGGCGUUGAUGUGGGCAGUAAAUGCGGAGAAGUCGGUAGACCCUGAUGCACACAUGAGCCACUUCAUCGCAGAUAUCUGGCUGGAAGGAGCCGAUGUCGUCCGAAUCCUGUGGAGAGACUGCUCAAAGAAACUAGUCGACGUGAAAGAUGUAAUCGAUCACAAGGAAUACUUUCCGAAGUUCGUGCGUUGUAUGAAGCGAAAAACCUUGAGGGCGUUGGACCGAUCGCUCAGCACAGACAUAGUGCCCAUUGCUGAAGGGGUCAAUUUAGUGCGGUUUGAGAUGGUGGACCGGACUGGAAAUGUGAUGCCGGACAACUAUACCAGCUCGUGGUCGGAGAAGGAGCUUGAGGAAGGGGAAUGGCGUACCCUCGCGAUGCAGCGGAUGGCGAAGGUACUUCGAACGCAUGUCAUCAAGUUCGACUUCGAAGAUGCGAAGACGCCAGAAAAAGUUGAGUUCCGCGGACGCCGCCGCCAUCAGAUGAUGGUGAUGAUGAUGUUUGGCAUCGUGUCUAUCGGAAUGGUGUUGAUACCUAUGGGUUUUCAGUUCCUCGCCGUUCUCGGCGGGAAAGCUCUCCUACUAGCCAAAAUGGCUCUAAUAUUGGCCUCUAUACAAGGAUUGAAAAAGAUCGGUACAAGUCCGCUGAACUACGGAUUCUACCAUUCUUACCCCCCUUACGAUCAUUACGAGAAGCGAAGCGGAGACAACUGGCCUCCCCCCUCCGUGAUGGCCGGCACGCCCCCGCCGCUCUCGCGCUCGUGGUCCAAUCUCGACACCGACAACAUCAAGACUGACAGAAUACAUUUAGCCACCGUCUAUACUGAAGCUAAUGAUAUUAAAGGGGAAACGCCAAAGUUUAUUCAAAGAGAAUCAGAGUCGAGAGUGUAUCCAGUGUACCCUAGACCAGAUUCGACACCUUCCUUCACUGUUAUAGAUUCGCCGACGCCAUUGAUAGCUGAUUUAACGACGACCCCAGGGGAGGUCCAGGCAGAUUAUGCCUUGGAACUCCCCUACAAUGGAUUUCGCUUUCAAAGUCCCACUCCUGUCGUUUCAUCUUAACAUGUUAACUGGAUACUUUCGUGCACUUUACGAGAUAGUUUAUAGCAUAUUCUCGUAUGUGGCGCAAAUUCUGUUUCCAAGCAGACAAAUUUUAUUUAAAUUCCUUUCGCCUAUAAGAGGUCCGUUAUUGGGAGUUCCUUUGCGUGGUUUA